UGGAACGACAAGGAGACUGGAGAAGUGUCAUGAAUGAUCAAAUUAACUUCAAAAGUUUCAACCCAACCGCAUAGUAUCAUCAAACUCGCAUCGCAUGUUAAAGAUUCCAGAAAACCCUUCUUCAUUUCUCUUCAGUACCAAUCUUCAUCUCUGCAAAACUAUAUUUCCGUAACUACGUAGUACUCGGUAAUUUCUGUCAAUGCCUCCAACCUAUUUUCCGCUACGGUGGGAGAGCACUGGAGACCAAUGGUGGUAUGCUUCGCCUAUCGAUUGGGCGGCUGCCAAUGGGCACUAUGACUUGGUCCGAGAGCUUUUGCGCCUAGACAGCAACCACUUAAUAAAACUUUCGUCCCUUAGGCGUAUUCAGCGCCUAGAGGUUGUCUGGGACGACGAAGAACAGUUUGACGAUGUGGCCAAAAACCGUUCAUUAGUAGCCCAAAAGCUCUUACAUGAAGGCGAUGCUAAAAGGGGUAAAAACUCGCUCAUUGGGUCUGGUUAUGGCGGGUGGCUUCUGUACACUGCAGCCUCAGCUGGUGACUUCCCAUUUGUUCAAGAAUUGUUGUAUAAAGACCCUCUUUUGGUUUUCGGGGAAGGAGAAUAUGGUGUGACUGAUAUUCUAUAUGCUGCUGCACGGGGUAAGAACACUGAGGUUUUUCGGUUAAUUUAUGAUUUUGCAAUGUGUCCGAGGUUUAUGUCUGGUGACGGUAAAGAGCUAGACGAAAAUAUUGGGGGAGUCCCUCCUGCUUAUAAGCAGGAAAUGAAAAAUAGAGCGGUCCAUGCAUUGGCUAGAGGCGGUAAUUUGAAUUUAUUGAAAGAGUUUCUUGGGGACAGUUCUGAUGAUCAAGUUUUGGGUUACAGAGAUAUUCAGGGCUCAAGUAUCUUGCACACCGCAGCUGGACGAGGACAAGUUGAGGUAGUUAAAUAUCUCGUCUCCACGUAUGAAAUCAUAAACUCCCUUGACAAACUAGGCAAUACAGCUCUGCAUAUAGCUGCUUGCAGGGGCCAGAUAUCUGUGGUUGAUGAUUUGAUCAAAUCAUCGCCUUCUUCUGUACAUUCCAAAAACAUUGCUGGCGAGACAUUUUUACACACAGCUGUGACUGGUUUCCAAACGCCAACAUUCAGAAGGCUUGACCGCCAGAUUGUUCUCAUGAAACAACUAGUCUACUCAAAAUCCUUCAACAUCGAAGAAAUCAUAAAUGAUACAGAUAAUGAAGGAAGAACUGCACUUCAUUUAGCCAUCCAAGGGAACAUUGACAGUGAUCUGGUGGAAUUACUGAUGUCCGUUCGUUAUAUUAAUAUCAAUAAACGUGACAAUCACGGUAUGACCCCACUUGAUCUUCUUAAGCAACGACCUGUUUCAGCCUCCUCAGAAAUACUCAGAAGACAACUCAUUUCUGCCGGGGCGAUUCUCAGUAAUCAAGAUUACUCUGCAAGGAAAAUUAUCGCUUCUCAUUUGAGAAAAGGUAGUGCAGGUGGUAGCCCGGGAACCACUUUCAGUGUUGCCGAUUCAGAAAUUUUUUUGUACUCGGGCAUGGAGGCUAGUCCUGCCACAGAUUGCGGGUCACCAAUCGUGACAAUGAAUGCUGCACAAACAACCCUAAGCCCAACCCGAAGUAUAACUAUAAACGCAGAUUCUAAAAGUUCCAACAAGAAGAAACAUAAAGGUAUUAAACGAUUCCUUCAGUGGCGCAGACCCAAAACGAGAAAAGCACGAAAUGAAGACGCGGUUCCAACUCCAAUUCAGAUAACGGAAACAAAGGAAUGCCCAGUUCCUCUGAGGCAGAGGUACUCUCAACCCUCGUCUCCUGCCAACAACAAGAGAACGCUUGCGGCUAGGAGCAACCUUCCUAGUCCAACUGCUAAAAAGAAACUUGCUUCAGGAUUGGUCAAUGGAGUCAUGCAAGCAAUGCCGCGUACAAACAGAAGAUCACGGUCGAAUUCCUUUUCAAGAUCCUCUGUAUCUUCACAUAAUUCCCAUACAGGAGUCGAUAUUUCAGGUGCCUCGUGCUCAAACCAGAUGUUUGAUGAUGGAGUUGCUAACUUUUCAAAUAAAGAACACGGGGUUGUGAAUAGCAGGAAGUCAGUGAAUCAGUACUUCUGUUUUGGUGGAUCCAGGCUACUGAUGGAACCUGCUGGUUGUGAUGAAAUGCAACAGCACGAGAUCUAUGAUCGCUAUGUUCUAUCAACGGCUUAAAAAGAUUUAGCAGGUCCAUUAAUCUUGUAGCAUGUUAUUCUAUCUAUAAGCUUGUUCAUUUAGUAGUGAAGUAUGUAAGUUUAGCUUUCUUAAUGUCCUUGAACUUUGUUUGAAUGCAAUGAUUUAUUGCAUCUGUAUUCACAUCUUAACAAACAUCAUGCUGCAAUAGAUUCCUGAAUAAGCUUUUAAAUUCA